AUGGCUCCUGCAAUUUUUGCCAGUCCUCUUCCUCUGUGUGUGUGUCUCCUGCUAGCAUCUGGCUUUGCCGAGGCCGGUAAGCUGCUGGUGGUCCCCAUGGAUGGGAGCCACUGGUUCACCAUGCGUUCAGUGGUGGAGAAGCUCCACCACAGAGGACACGAGGUGGUCCUGCUUGUACCAGAGGUGAGUUGGCACCUGCACACAUCACUCAACUGUACAGUCAAGACUUACCCAACUUCUUACACGCUGGAGGAUUUGAAUCGCGAGUUCAUGAUUUUCUCCAACUCUCAUUGGAAAACUCGGGAAUCAGGUGGAUUUUCUUUCUUCAUGAAUCCACUCAGUGAUGUUUUUAAAUACAUAUUUUCACACUGCAGGAGUUUGUUUAAUGACACAAAAUUGGUAGAAUACUUAAAAGACAGUGCUUUUGAUGCCGUGUUUCUGGAUCCUUUUGAUAUGUGUGGCUUCAUCAUUGCCAAGUAUUUUUCACUCCCAUCCGUGGUCUUCAGCAGGGGAUCAUUUUGUCAUUACUUUGAAGAAGGAACACAGUGCCCUAGUCCUACUUCUUAUGUUCCCCGAGGUCUCUCGAGGUUCCCAGAUGUCAUGACUUUCAAGGACAGAGUAUGGAACUACAUCGCUCUCUUGAUGGAGCAUUUAUUUUGCCACCGUUUUUUCAAAUAUGCUUUAGAAAUUGCCUCUGAGGUUCUCCAGACACCUGUCACGGCCUAUGAUCUCCACAGCCCAGUCUCGAUUUGGUUGUUACGAAACGACUUCGUUUUAGAAUACCCCAAACCUGUGAUGCCCAACAUGGUCUUCAUUGGCGGAAUCAACUGCCUCCCAGGAAAGCCAUUGACAAAGGUGAGCAACCUCUCCUUCAGCAUUUUAAAAAAAACUGGCUUAGGACAUAAAAAUGCAGAAACAAAUAAUAAAAAUAAAAUAGAACUCCUUACCUGA